AUGGAUAAUGUCUGCUUCCAGCAACGGUUACGAGAUUUGGAAACAAGAGUGCGGAAAUGGAAGUUCCUGAAAUUAGGACUAACAGAGGUCCGCCUCCGACCUCGGGACAGAAGAUCUACUUCUGUCGACCAAAAGCAUAAAGAAUGCUCCUCAACCUCAUCCAGUCCACAACACCAGAGACCGAAUAAUAUCGGGUACUUAACCAGCCCGAUGGAACGAAAAUUUACCCCGCUCUCCAUGAAACCGUCACCGUCUAGGAGGGACACGGAGAAAGAUGCGCUGGAGUUUGAGUUUCUGGAAGGAUGUAAAAAAUCUGGAGUGCUGGAUAUAGAUGGAUUGAAGCAAGCCGUGGAUCCCAACGAAAUUCACAUAAUUGGUUUGCUAGGAAGUGGCUCAUGUGGAGUAGUCGAAUCGGCGAUGGUGAAGUCUAAAUUGAUGGCUGUGAAGACAAUGUACAAAAACGACAAUAAGGAAAAUUUGAAACGAAUACUUCGGGAUGUCAGGAUAAUGUCGCUCUGCAAUUCUCCAUUUAUUGUAACGAGUUAUGGUUAUUUCAUGUUCGAUUCAUCCGUCAAAAUUUGUAUGCAAAUCAUGUCAGCUUGUUGUGAGAAGCUAUUACGGCGUAUUUACCAUUCCAAAUUAGAGUUCUUCCCGGAAUACGUCGCCGGUCAUAUUGUCUACUCGGCGAUUAGUGCAUUAGAUUAUCUGAAAGAGAGACACUCGAUUAUACAUCGCGAUAUCAAACCAUCAAACAUCCUCUUUGACGACAGUGGGAAUAUAAAAUUGUGCGAUUUCGGGAUAAGUGGUUUUAUGACUAAUUCGAUGGCACAUUCCAAAAGUGAAGGAUGUCCUCCGUAUAUGGCUCCCGAACGAUUAACCAUUGAGACUAAUUCGAAAUAUGACGUGAGAAGCGAUGUAUGGUCCCUUGGAAUUACGAUAUACCAAUUGGUAACUGGCAUUUAUCCUUUUCCACUGAAUGAUAUGGAAUUCACCACUCUCACUAUCAUAGCAAAUUUGAAUUUACCAUCUCCAAGUUUGAAAGGAGAGACAACUCGGAGUUUCUCGCCUUUGUUUAUCGAAUUUUUGGACUUUUGCCUCCGCAAAGAUGUUCGGGAGAGACCUGAAUACAAGCAAUUGAUGAAACACGAUUUCUUUUUGGAUUAUGACCCUUCCAGGGGAGAUUUUUAUAAAUUGAAAACGAUCAAUGGAAAUCCUAGCCAUGUGGCAGAAUGGUUCAACAGUGUAAUAGCUAGAUCGAGCUGCGAAGACGAGCUGAAACCGAUUCCCAACACUCCAUGCGUUAAUUAG